GUUCUAUACUAUAAUGUGGACAGUUACCAUUCGUUGACCUAGCCUUAGCCCUUCCGACGUUCCAACUUCGCAUUAAGCUGCUAAGGCCUCAAUUACAGUCAGCUUUAAUUAAUUCGUGCUCCAGAUUUAAACAAAAAGCUCUUAAAUGCUGUCCACGGGCGGCGGUGCGGCCAAGCCAGUCUCGCUGCCGCCCACGGCGGCGCCAUGCCGGAAGCCAGGCCGCAUUUCUCGCCAUGUGUGCGGCAUUAGACUUCUAGGUGUAAAAGCACGACAUGCAAGUGUUCGGCUUCAGCCCUGUCGUGCUAACCGACAGCAGCAUUGGAGGACGCAACCCGUACAUGGCCCCGGCAGCAGGGGGCUGGCAAGGCCGGCGCCUGGCUCCCUUGACGCCCUCCCCGCGCCAGUCCGCUUCAUCGGCUGCUUCUUCCUGUUCCUCAUCGCCUUCAACUUGGUUCGAUCCGCGGUCCUGUUCUGGCUACGGAUCUGGCCUCAAGUGCAGCGUCAGUUCAACCGCCAACGUCCUCCGUCCCAAUGGGGUCCAGAGGCAUUCGGACCUGCUGACUCUGAUGCGCCUGAGGCGGCAGAUGGGAGCACAGCAGCCGCUGCGCCAGUAAUUGCGGCUGAGGCAGCGGCUGAGACAGCGGUGGCCGUGGGUCGUGCAACGGCAGCACAGCCAGCAGCCCACCAGGCGACAGAUGCGAUACCGGUACCGGCGGUGGAGGUGGUGGUAGAGCCGGAGGUGCUUGGCGACAGUCGCCAGGAUGCGGGUGGUUACCGCCAACAGCAGCAACAGCAGCAGCAACUAGUGGCGGCAGUGCAGCCAUCCAACAACCUGGGUCGUGUCGUGUUUUGCGCCACCCUGGCACCUCCCUCCAC